CUCAGUAUGAUUUGUCUAAGCUUAUUAUUAUUAUUAGGUUUGGUUGCAGUUGGGUUGUCACAACAACCCGGCACAAUCGUGGAUGAAUAUCAUCCUCCCCUACCGAUUCAGGCAUGCGACUCGAACGGAUGUGUAACUGAGGACACCAAAUUUGUGAUGGGUCCCUCGCGGCGAUAUUUGUACUCAGUCGCAGACAAUGGACAAACUGGAUGCAGAACGAGCGACGGAGGCUUUGAUCCAGUACUCUGUCCCGAUGGAUUGACAUGUGCCGAGAAUUGUGCACUUAUUGGUAUAACUCAGCAACAAUACGACGAAUGGUACGGCACAACCACUGUAGGGAGUUCCCUCAGCUUCCGGUGGGUCACAGAGGCCACGGUCGGGGCUGAUGGAUAUCUUCUGGCUACAGACGACAGAUAUAAGGUGUUUAGAAUGAAAAAUAGAGAAUUUGCAUUUGAUGUGGAUAUGUCACAACUCCCUUGCGGUAUGAAUGGCGCCAUAUACUUUGUGGAGAUGGAAGAAGAUGGAGGAAUGGCGUCUUAUCCCAGCAAUAAGGCAGGAGCUGCCUACGGAUUAGGAUCAUGCGAUGCUCAGUGCAAGCAUGACCUACCUUUCUAUGCCGGCCAAGUUAAUGUAGAAGGAUAUGCUGAGGAAGGAGUCUGCUGCUUUGAAUUUGAUCUUUGGGAGGCGAACGCAUGGGCUGCGUCCUACACCACUCACGGAUGCUCCAGCGAAGGCUACUACCUGUGCACUGGUCUGGAGUGUGGCGAUGGCGAUGACAGAUACAAUGGAGUUUGCGACAAAGACGGAUGCGGCUACAACAGUUUCGCAAUGAACGAACAUUUCUUCUACGGAGCAAAUGACAGCUACGUUGUCGAUACCCGGCGACCUUUCACCGUCGUCACGCAAUUCAUUACCAAUGACGGAACUGACAACGGAGACGUAAUUCAAGCCAAACGAAUCUACGUUCAAGACGGUGUUGUCAUUGAAAAUUCACAUGUGAACUAUCCCGGCUUAGAAAAUUAUAACUCAGUAUCGGAUGGAUUUUGCAACGACUACGCAGCCUUCACAGGCGGAAUGAAUCAUUUCGAAGAAGUGGGAGGGAUGAAAGUUACGAGUGAUGCCUUGGGUAGAGGAGUUAUGAUUGCCUUCUCACUCUGGGCUGACUACGGAUCACAUAUGCUGUGGCUGGACGGACCUUUUCCUCCAGAUUCUGACCCUACCGAACCUGGGCAUCUAAACGGUCCGUGCUCGGCAGAUAGCGGCGACCCAAAUGACCUUAUCGCCAACUAUCCUGACUCGACCAUUACUUUCUCAAACAUUAAAUAUGGAACGAUUGGCUCAACUUUCAGUAGGAAAUGAAAAAUGUUGAUAAAAAUAAACAGACAUGGAGGAACAACAGAUAACUACUCAAAAUUCGGAAUGAUCAAUAGGUAACAAUAUUACUCAAAUAUUUUGCGACGAACGUUUCUUGUUUAAUUUCGCAUGCAUUUUCAAAAAUUUAACUUCAUUCAAAG